AUAAACUCGUCAAAAUAGCUAAAUCCAUUUUGCAAUUUCUUAAAAAGAAAAAGUCCCACCAUAGUUCAACAUCGGGGGGCAGCAGCGAGGGGAAGCUACAGCAGCAGUCGUCGUACGAGGAGGAAGGCGGUGGUGGAGGACAGGAGGCUAGCAGCAGCAGCAGCGCAGCCGCCGCCUCCGCAGCGACAACAACAACGACUGGGGAAAAGCUAACGACUGUACGCUCAAGCAGCCACAAAAUAACGCCGCCAACAGGCCAACAACAACAACCACAACAGUCCACAAGUCCUGCCCCUCAUACAGCUACCGCCGAUACAGCACCCGCCAACAUCGAGGAGGACCGCAGCGGCGCCGCCAGCGGCAGCAAUCCCCAAGCGCAAGUAACAGCGAGCGCCACCUUUCGUCUGUCCUCUCUUACGGGUACCAUCUCGAAAAUGGGAAAUAACGCGACCACAUCUAAUAAGAAGGUAGAUGCCGCCGAAACGGUUAAGGAGUUUCUGGAGCAGGCCAAGGAGGAGUUCGAGGAUAAAUGGCGCCGCAAUCCGACCAAUACGGCCGCCCUCGACGAUUUCGAGCGCAUCAAAACCCUUGGCACGGGCUCCUUUGGUCGUGUCAUGAUCGUUCAGCACAAGCCAACAAAAGACUAUUAUGCCAUGAAGAUACUCGACAAGCAGAAGGUCGUUAAGCUGAAGCAGGUGGAGCAUACGCUGAACGAGAAACGCAUCCUGCAAGCUAUACAGUUCCCCUUCCUUGUCUCGCUACGCUAUCAUUUCAAGGAUAACUCGAAUCUGUACAUGGUGCUGGAGUAUGUGCCCGGCGGUGAGAUGUUCUCCCAUCUGCGGAAGGUCGGUCGCUUCUCUGAGCCCCAUUCUCGGUUCUAUGCAGCGCAAAUAGUGCUCGCCUUUGAGUAUCUUCAUUAUCUGGACUUGAUAUAUCGCGAUCUGAAGCCCGAAAAUCUGCUAAUCGAUUCGCAGGGUUAUCUAAAAGUCACCGAUUUUGGCUUCGCCAAGCGGGUCAAGGGUCGCACCUGGACGUUGUGUGGCACGCCCGAAUAUCUGGCACCCGAAAUUAUAUUGUCCAAGGGCUAUAAUAAGGCCGUCGAUUGGUGGGCGCUGGGCGUGCUGGUUUAUGAAAUGGCCGCCGGUUAUCCGCCCUUCUUUGCGGAUCAGCCCAUACAAAUUUAUGAGAAAAUUGUGUCCGGCAAGGUGCGUUUCCCAUCGCACUUUGGCUCCGAUCUGAAGGAUCUGUUGCGCAAUCUGCUGCAAGUCGAUCUGACCAAACGCUAUGGCAAUCUGAAAGCGGGCGUCAAUGAUAUUAAGAAUCAGAAAUGGUUCGCCUCGACGGACUGGAUCGCGAUCUUCCAAAAGAAAAUCGAGGCGCCCUUCAUACCGCGGUGUAAAGGACCCGGUGAUACAAGCAAUUUCGAUGAUUACGAAGAGGAAGCGUUGCGAAUUUCCAGCACUGAAAAGUGCGCAAAGGAAUUUGCUGAAUUCUAGAAGAUGCCCACAUGUCGCCGCCGCCAAUAUCGGAUCAGCAGUAGAAUCAGCAAAUGCUGCCAAAACAGCAGCAAAUACAGCAGCAACAUGCAAAUUGUUGUUGUCGUCGUCGUCUCGUCUAUGUGUCUACUACUUACUACUACAACUACAACUACUACUAAAACUACAGCAACUACUAUAUCUAUGUCCAGCUCGGCACAUAUGUAUACAACUAUAAAAAACCAUGGCGUGGAUUUUUCACAAGCUGCCCACAACAUAAAACAUAACUCUCGAAGCCCAAAACUGAAUCAUCUCUCUUAGCUCCAAACUAAUGAAGUCCUUCCCAAACCGUAACCUCAACCGAAGCAGCCUUUCGUGUGAGCUUCAACAGCAGCCAACACAAAUCAACAUACAAUUGAUAAAGAAUUUGAGCCUAAAUGUAAUACCAGAAGAAGAAGAAGAAGCCGGAGGAGAAGGUGGAGAAGAAGAAGAAACAAGCCGUUAAAUUAAUAGAUGAAAUGCAACAAGUAACAAAACAAGCAAACCAAUUUAUUGCAUACAUACAUACGUACACGUAUAGAGGAAACAAAAGAUAAGAAAACAAAAUAUUCAUUCAUUACUACAAUACAUAUAGCGUAUAUAUAACCACGAGACUACAGAUAUGUAUUUAGUUGUAACGUAGUUUAGUUUAAAAUGAAUAUAUGAAGAAAGCGAAAAGCGAAUCCGCAAAAUGGGUCAAAACUAAAGCCAACAAAGCAAACGGAACAAACAGAACAAGAUACAUAAACAGAAAUAGAAAGGAAGCAGAAGAGUGGGCAGAAACAAAUUGGUUUUUCAAAAAGUAAGUCGGUCAGUUAGUCAGUCAGUCAGUCAGUUAGUCAAGCAGACAGCAAAGAACAUUAAACAGCAACAACAAAACAUUUGUGAAAGUAUAAAACGCUUUAUUAAUUUAUAAAUUUAAAAAUAAAAACAAAUUAUGUGUAAAAAAACGUUACGUACACAGUGCGCUUGAAAAAAAAACAAAGAAGAAGAAAAACACAAAUACACAAAUCAUAUGAUAAAACAAUGUGUUAUAUUAAUAAACAAUUAACAACAACAAAAAAAUCAACCGAUUAAAGGCGCAGCAUAAAAUCCCAAUAAGUAAAAAAUUUGAUAAAGAAAAAAAAAACAGGAGAAGAUGUAACAUUUAAAACAAAAACAAUAAUUGGUAGAACUGACCAGUAUGUGCAGCAAUAGCCAAACAGAUUCAGGUGUGUACACACUGUUUGAUGCCAACGCGCAUUUCCAAUGCCUAAUUGUGCAGCAAUAACCGAACCGAAGCAGGUGUGUACACACUUUUUUAGGCUGCGAGCGAAUGCGUGCGUGUGUGUGUGAGAGAGAGAGUUGUACAAUCAGCGAUGACAGCAGCCAAGAAUAUGCAAGUGUUAUGGUUAAUACUUAUAGUACAUCACCAAUCAUCGCCAUCACGCCGCAUCCGACUUAACAGUAGCACCAAGAAGUCGGCGCACCAAACUCAUGCUCUUACACACAUUCAACUGUUUGUUUGCUUUUUUGUCCGUUCAAUACGGACUACCCCAGCUAACCGAAUUCAGAAAAAACAACAAACCAGAAUAAUAAUAUGUGUAGCUGUUAAUGAAAUAAAAAUACCAAGCGUCUAUGUUUACUUUCGGAUAAAGAAGCCCCAACUGAAAUUUGUGUGUAAAGGAAAAAAAGCGUAAAAAUUUAGCAUUACAUAAAAGGCGUAAUUAACAAACAAACAAAAAUCUAUAUACAUAUAUAUUUACAUUAAGCAUUAUACCAACAAAUCAUGUGCAAAUAAAACAAAAAAGAAAAAGGCGCCAACUAAGUUUAAUACUUAAAAAAAAAUACGCUGAAGAAGUUAUGGGAAAUACUAUUAUUAUUUAUUGUUUAAAUUGUCGGCAGAAAUGCCGCACCUGGAAAUUGAAUGUUUUAUAAUUUUGUUUAAAAAUUGUACUACCUGUAAAUCUUUGUUGAUUUAAUUUUAAACGCCCGGCCUUUCAAGUUAUGUUGUGAGAAGUCAAAUCAAAACGAGCGUAGAAAAAAUAAAGUUUAUUUUUUAA